AUGCAAAUUAUAAGCCUUGAUCCGCCGACAACAAUCGCCCUGUUAAUUCUCCAAAAAUAUCCAAUCUCUUCUUGUCCUUUCUCUAUCUCCGUAACAGCGAGUACAGCAAAGAAAGCAAUAAAAGUCUCCCUCCCUCAAUAAUUUGCUCCCAUCCAAUCUGCUCCACCCACAGCACCUCCUUUUUCUCCUUCAUUAAGACCCCUUUUUUCUGACAAAAAUAUAGCACGAAACAAUCAGGAACCAGCACAGCACAACACAAUUAUAGGAACAGAAAAAUAGCGUCAGUAUUAACAUUUCUUUGAUGGGCUUUAACCACUUUCUUCAAUGGCAAUUUACCCUCUCAGCUUCUUCAGCUCUUACUCUCUUUGUCUUCUUUUGAUCCUAUACCGCCGACCUAUCACUCGUUUUCAUCUUCUUCUCAUCUUUCUUCACUCUCUUUUAUAACCCACUUUUUUUUUUUGAUUUCUUUCUUUGUUGUAUAGCUUCUUUGUUGAAAGAGUUCGUGUUUGUUUGAGAGAUUUUGAUUAUGGCAUCGGUGUUUAUAUACCAUGUGGUGGGGGAUCUGACGGUGGGGAAGCCAGAGCUGGCGGAGUUUUAUGAGACGGAGACGGUGGAGGCGGCGAUAAAGGCGAUUGGGGAGUCGACGGAGUGUGGAAUUCCGGUGUGGAAGAAGAGAUCACUGGUGGGGAUUGAGAAUAAUGAGAUGAGGCAACAGAGGUUUGUGGGCAUUCUUAAUUCUUUUGAUAUUGUUUCGUUUCUGGCUAGAGCUGAGUGCUUGGAGGAUCAAGAUAAGGCUACGAAGACUCCGGUUUCUGAGGUUGUUGUUCCUAAUAAUUCUCUGUUGAGACAAGUUGAUCCUGGCACAAGAUUGAUAGAUGCGCUGGAGAUGAUGAAGCAAGGCGUGAAGCGUCUUCUUGUUCGAAAGAGUGUAAUGUGGAAAGGCAUGAGUAAGAGGUUCUCAAUUCUUUAUAAUGGUAAAUGGCUCAAGAACAUUGAUCCAUCUUACAGCAGCGGCAACAACCUCAUUGCCAACACUAACCGCCCUUCCUCAUCAUCCACCUCCUCUUCCCGCGACAAGUUUUGUUGUCUUUCUAGAGAAGAUGUCAUUCGUUUUCUAAUUGGUUGUCUUGGUGCUCUUGCUCCUAUUCCUCUCUCGUCUAUCUCCUUACUUGGAGCCAUCAACCCAAACUACAGCUCCAUCGAAGCCUCCCUUCCAGCCAUCGAGGUUACUAAUAAGCCACCUGGAGACCCCAGUGCAAUCGCAGUUGUGGAGCCCACCCAGGAUGGUCAAUAUAAAAUUAUAGGAGAGAUUUCAGCUUCAAAAUUAUGGAAAUGUGAUUAUUUAGCUGCAGCAUGGGCUUUAGCCAAUCUUUCAUCUGGGCAGUUCGUGAUGGGGGUAGAGGAUAACAUGACCCCAAGAUCCCUUCCUGAUUACUCGGUUAAUUCACCAGUCGGAGAAAAUAAUACAGCCAAUGGGGUCGGUUCACCAAGACCGAGAAAGUUCUGCAGUAGGAGCAUCGGAUUUAACCCUUCUAGUCCAAGCUUGGGUAUCAGUAGGACCUCGAGUUUUGGUAUGAGCAGAAGCAUGUACAGGGGCAGAAGUGCUCCAUUGACAUGUAAAAUUACAAGUUCAUUAGCUGCAGUCAUGGCGCAGAUGCUGUCUCAUAGAGCAACUCAUGUGUGGGUGACAGAAGAUGAAAGCGACGAUGUCUUAGUUGGCGUCGUGGGCUAUGCUGACAUCUUGACCGCUGUUACAAAACAACCUACGGCAUUGAAUCUGGGAAAUAUGGGAAAUCGAUCAUACGAAGGGUUUGCAACUGAAAUUCAAUCUUGAAUUAUUCAAUUUUUCUUCGUUAGUUUAGCCUAUUUGCAACUUCAUGCCUCAAGUAUAGAGGAGAUUUGGAUUGUGAGGUUUAUACUAGUUAAUUUCUUGAUUGUCAGAGAACGAUGUAUGAACCAGUUAUAAAGUUAAGAAGUUUGUGUGCUCUUUUUAUUUA